UGUUUAUGGUCAAACGACAAUAUAUACACCAUAGCUGUGGAUUUACAUUUACUGAAAUUCUGAUACAGUUCAUGUUAUGCGUGUCUUUUCUAAAAAGGUAGCAUUUUGUUCCCAUUUCUGUAGUACACCGACAUUAAGCCUUUGGGUGAUAGAGUGUUGGUCAAGAUCAAAACAGCUGAGGAAAAGACGGAUGGUGAAAUUUUGGUCCCAAAAACUGCUCAAACUAAGCCUCAAGGAGGUGAGGUGGUUGCAACUAGAGAGGGUAAGACAGUUGGGAAGAGCAAAGUAGACAUUAGUGUGAAGGGACUAAGUUGGAGUUCAGUGGUUCAAAGCAUCUUAUUAUGAAGGAUGAUGAUAUAGUUGGUAUUCUUGAAACAGAUGAUGCCAAGGAACUUAAGCCCCUGAAUGAUAGAGUUUUAAUCAAGGUGAUUGCGGUUGGGCCUGGUCCUCUGGAUGAAGAAGGCUACAAGAAACCAUUAUCCCUUGCCCCAGGGAGCAUAGUCAUGUACUCCAAUUAUUCUGGGAUUGACUUUAAGGGCAAAGACGGUUACGAUUACAUUGCUUUGAGGGUUUCAGAUGUUAUGGCUGUUCUAGUUGUCAAAUAAAUGCUCUUAGUAUGUACCUCCAAAAUUUUCUGCAGAAGUGCCUCAAGACAUGGAUUUUGAAUAUAGUUGCACUUUUAUCUUUGGAGUAUGCUGAUUGCAGCUUUGUGUCAGAUUCUAGUAUUUUCAGUUCUCUGCAUAGUUAACAAUUAAUACUAGUUCAUUGAAACAUCCCAAGUUCAUUUGAUAAUGAAUGGGUGUAUUCUGUAUUGUAUUAAAAUCUUCAUUUUAAAUGGAUCCAUUUCAUUGUUUAGAUUAAA